AUGCCCGCGUGGAUGGCGCUGCUGUUGCUCUGGGCGGCCGCCGAGGCCUCCGAGGACUGCCCGGCCGCCUGCGCCUGCCGCGCGCUGAACACCAUGGGGCUGCAGGUGGACUGCAGCGGCCGCGGGCUCGAGGCGCUCCCCGCCCUGCCGGCGCCCACGCGCCAGCUCCUGCUGACCAACAACAGCCUGCGGACCGUGCCCCCCGGCGCCUUCGACCACCUGCCGCAGCUGCAGGACCUGGACCUGGCGCACAACCCCUGGCGCUGCGACUGCGGGCUCGUCUACCUGCGCCUCUGGCUGGAGGACCGCGCGCCCGAGCAGCUGCGGCGCCUGCGCUGCGCCGGCCCCUCCCACGCCGCGGGCCGCGCGCCCGCCCAGCUCAGCGGCUCCGAGCUGGGCGGCUGCGGCUGGAGUCUGCGCGAGUCCUGGGCCCACCCGGGGUCCUGGUGGGACGCGGCGCUGGUCGUCGUGGCCGCUCUGGGCCUGGCUCUCCUGGUGAGCCUGCUGUGCACCGUCCCGGUGCCCCGGGCCAGCCCCCGGUAGCUCAGAAGAAAC